AUGUCUUCUUCCACCACAAAACUGCUCGCGAAGCGGCUGUAUGUUUGUCCACGGUGUAUCUCGCGACAGAGGUCAUUUCACACCUCGAGACGUGCUCGUCACGGCGUUUUGAGUGUUCUGGAAGAACGAGGGCUGAUCAACCAAAUCGCUGGUGACCGCCAUGCCCUCGACCACCUCCUCCGAACCCGUAAGCUCGGUAUCUACGCCGGCAUCGACCCCACCGCACCGUCCCUGCACCUAGGCCAUCUCCUCCCGUACAUGGUUCUCUUCUGGCUCUACCACCACGGCCACCAUGUCGUCAGCCUCGUCGGCGGCGCAACUUCCAAAGUCGGAGACCCCAGCGGGAGACUCGUAUCAAGAGCUCGGACGGCGGAGUCGGUCAUGCAGGCCAACUUUGAGGCUAUGUAUGCACAAGUGGGGGGAUUGUGGGAGAAUGUCGUGCGUUAUGGGAAGAGGCAUCGUUUGGAUGAGAAUGAGAAAGGAAUCGGGAAGAGGGAGGUAUUGAAUAAUGCAGAUUGGCUGGAUGGAUUGGGGAUUCUGCAGUUUUUGAAGAUGAUGGGGAAUGGGAUGCGGUUGGGGGCGAUGUUGGGUCGGGAUACGGUACGGAAUAAGAUGGAAAAGGGCGACGGCAUGUCCUUUGCGGAAUUCACGUACCCGCUGCUGCAGGGCUGGGACUGGUGGCAGAUGUACCAGGACCGAGCGAUUCAGGUACAGGUUGGGGGAGGGGAUCAGUACGGGAAUAUCAUCGCCGGUAUGGACGCGGUGAACUACAUUGCUCAGAAUGAGGCGGAAUCAGGCAGGCAGAAGGAGUGGCUCGAUGCAGAGGGGAGGCUGAAGGAAGAUCUGUCGCCUUUUGGACUGACGGUGCCUCUUCUGACGACGUCUGCGGGUGAGAAGUUUGGGAAGAGUGCUGGUAAUGCGGUAUGGUUGGAUUCAAACCUCACGUCGCCUUUCGAUCUCUAUGGGUUCCUCCUCCGCUCCGCAGACGAAGAUGUGCAGCGGUACCUCAAACUCUUCACCUUCGUCCCCAUCUCAGAAAUCGCCUCUAUCAUGCAACAACACAUCCAAGACCCCGGCAAACGCAAAGCCCAGCAUCUCCUCGCCGGAGAGGUCCUCGAGCUCGUCCACGGCGCCGAAGUCGCAGCGAAGACUCAGGCAGAGCAUCAGGCCAUGCGAGCGCCGACAAUCUCGUCUCUCCUGCAAACAUCCAGCACAGACACAGAAGAUCCACGAACGAAGCUCCCCCAAUCUCUGGUGCACAACACCCCCUUCGGCCGCAUCCUCUACCACGCCGGGCUGGUGGCGACCAAGUCCGAAGGCGCACGCCUCGUGAGCAAAGGAGGCGUCUACGUUGCUUCGCCGUCGAGGAAUCAGACUGGCGAGUUGAGCUUCACGCAGAUCAAGGAACAGCAGCCGUCAGAUGUGGAAAACCUGAUAGUCGACGGACUCCUGAUUCUGAGACUGGGGAAAUGGAAAGUGAGAGUGAUUGAAGUCGUGCAAGACGAGGAGUUUGAUGCAGAGAAGCAAGAUGCUCCUGGCUGGACUGAGCACAAAGCAACUCGAGUGCGAUAG